AUGGAUGUAAUAAAAUCGGAUCCGAUUGACCUUUCGAAUCAUGCAGGAAUAAGGGUGCCGUGGAAAAUCAUGACAAAGUAUUAUACGGCAAAUGUGGAGUUUUGGGUUGAUGAAACAGUUCACAAAGGUCAACUGGAUUCCGAGGUUAUAAAUGGGUAUGAGGGUGAAGAAAAUGGGAUUGGAAAUGUUGUAGAUGCAAUUUUAUUUGUAUUUAGAAAAGACGAGCCAUCAACAUUUGAUGACAUUCAAGCGUAUCUGACAUUCAUACAAAAAUACAAACCGUCCAUCACUCUAGCAGUGGGUACCGGAAAAGAUAUCCAACGUGACACAGCAGAAUUGGCCAACGAGGAUGAUGACCCAUUCGAGGAUUGGUGUUUGGAUAAUGGGUUUGAGUAUGUUGACUUGGAUGCAAAGGGAAGAGACGAUGAAUUUGCAGAACGCGUUGGAAUAGAACGAAUUUUGGAGGCACUACAGUCCCACAUGUGGGAAGAAAUGACUCGCGUAUCGGAAACUAGCAAAGACGGUGACGCUCACCAGGAGUCGACACCUGAAUUUAAAGAUCAUAAUUCGGCACCUUUUGAUGACAAUGACGCCGAGUUCUUUGGUGAUGCUUUACCCUCUCGAGAAGAAAUAGAAUCCAUGCAUCAUCACAUCUUUGGUGAUUUUGAUGACGAGGAUGGACUCGACAAAGUUCUCGCUAGGUUAAAUGACUUACGAGGCCCUUACAAAACACAUCGUUAUCUUGAUGCGCAGAGCGCGGCAAGGCCCUCUCUGAUGUAG